GAUGUAUCACAUUGUCGUAGUGGUCUGUUUGGUGGCGACAACAGCUAGCAGCGCCCAGGACUGCGCCAAUCCAACACCAGGCGUGAACAAACAGAGAAAGGGGGUUGACAUCACAAAACUUGAUCUUCUGCCCCUGGAUUUCACCACCGCUGACGGGUUUUUGAGACCAGUAAUAGACUACACGUGUAAUGAAGGGAAAACAUGGACAAAUCAGAAUCAACAAGUGUUUGACAUGCCUGACCAGGUUUGGGAUAUAUCCAGAAUACCCGGCGGAUGGUUGAACGCCAAUACCCAAAUAUUCAAGAACUAUCACGAAGUAAAGCGUACAAUGUCAUCGAGUGCUGGCUUGGGACUCAACAUAUUUAAAGGAGCCUUCUCGGCUAGCCGAUCGUACUCGCGGUCUCAGCAACCAGUAAUAGACUACACGUGUAAUGAAGGGAAAACAUGGACAAAUCAGAAUCAACAAGUGUUUGACAUGCCUGACCAGGUUUGGGAUAUAUCCAGAAUACCCGGCGGAUGGUUGAACGCCAAUACCCAAAUAUUCAAGAACUAUCACGAAGUAAAGCGUACAAUGUCAUCGAGUGCUGGCUUGGGACUCAACAUAUUUAAAGGAGCCUUCUCGGCUAGCCGAUCGUACUCGCGGUCUCAGCACACCAUUACACAUUCCUCCAAGUACAUAGAGGAGGUCUCGUCCUACAGUUCGGCUGUUCGGGUCGGUCUUCACAAAAACUACAGAAACUAUAAGAGAAGUUUACUCUCGUUCUAUAGACCAAAUGCCACGGUCUCAAUAUCACAAAUAACGCCGCUAGUGAUUAGAUAUUAUGGGGGAGACACAAACCUAUUAGCCGGCAAUGGAAUUCCAACAUGGCAGCCGACAGUUUCAGCAAAUCCGUGGCUCUUCUCAGGGGAGCUAAUUCCCAUCAGCGAAUUCAUCCAGGAUGACGCGAAACGAGCAUCAAUGGAACGGGCAGUGGCUGCCCACGUGAACAAGGCGUAUCUGCGCGAGCUGGUGAGAAUUUUAUUGAGUGCGGGACAGCGGUACAAUCACGGGGGUGCAGACAUCACUGAGUUACUGGGACGAGUGAGGGCAGCACUGGCUCAAGUGAUUCCUCAACAAAGCGUCGUCGAUGCUCUUGGUCAGGAAGUGGAGGAGGAUUUCAUUGUGCCCGAUUGGUUCACGACGCAGACGCAGCUGUGCUACAGAUGGUACCCGGAUGACGAUGGCGGGCAAUGUGGUGGAGGGGUUGGCAGGAACCUGUGCGCCAAGCCAGGGGAGAUGACUCAGUAUUACAGGGACGACACAGACCAGAGAAGCGGAGGCUGCUGGAUGAGCUGGGGAAUCAUUCCCCUCACAAACAGUCGGCCAUCUUGGUUCAACGCCGUACAGCUGUGUUAUCGUUGGCAACAUGACCUUUUUGGCGGACAGUGCGGGGGUGGUGCAGCACGAGAAAUGUGUGCAGGUGUCGGCAGCUACACGCCGUACUACCGCGACAACACCGAUCAACGUGCCGGUGGAUGUCAAAUGUCAUGGCGACUCAAGAUCCCCGCCACUGUUCCACAGUGGUUGAAGAACGCCAAGCUGUGUUUCUACUGGUAUCCGGACGGUGAUGGCGGACAGUGUGCCGAUGGCGGCAGCAUCAGCAGAGAGCUUUGCGUCACGGCCAACACGUGGACACGCUACUACAGGGACGGCACCGACAGACGCAGCGGUGGGUGCAGGAUGAGUUGGGGAAUCCAUCUGGCCUAGAAACGUUGACAGCCACAAGUCCAAAAAUAUAUUAUGUGAUAUUACUAUUACCAAUGACAAGCAAAAUUAAUGAUCUCAUUGAAAUACAUGUGUGAUCUAAAGGCAGAUAGAAAGCAUUUUCAAAAGGAUACUGAAAUCGUAUGACUCUGUACCAAACCGACAAAACCUACAUUCCAAGGGAAAAGUGUAUAUCCGUUCACACUUUUCCCAUGUAAUAUAUUUGUAACUGUAUUAAAAUUG